UAAGCAGUGUAUAAAUAGGCCGCCCUUCUGCCUUAUUCUCAUAGACAUUAGAAGAGUGAAGAAACAGACUAACUGCAGCCAUGUUCUCCUUCAAGGCCGCUGUUACAUUGGCUGUCCUGGCCAUGCUUGUGGUGGCUGCUCAUUGUGGAUUUGGAGAAGGAACAAAUUCCUACAACUAUGACCUUUCCAAGAUGUCUGAGCUCAGGAAGCUGUACAACUCCAAGGUUUAUUUGUGUGACAGAAUGACACGACCUUUGAGUGGCAUGUCUAUCCAAAUCGGCAAACUCAGCCACUCUGGAGUCAGGGUAACUCUGGAGGAUGGCACCAAGUGGCUGGUGCACAAGGGGGAUGGGUACGGCAUCAGCAGCCAAACUGUUGUGGUGCAUGCUCGCCACAUGAGCAAUACCUGGAAGAUUAUCGAGACCAAGGAUUUUGGAGGCUCCAAGACCGUGUCAGAUUUUGUGAAAGCAGGAGGCACUGACUACAGCCUUAUUUUUGACAACUGCCAUGAUGCAUCUGGGCGAAUGAUGGGCGGUUAAGAUCACAUGAUGCAUCUGGGCGAAUGAUGGGCGAUUAAGAUCACAUUUGCAUUGGUGUCAGAUUUUAAAGUUUGGGGGUACAGUUUAUCAUUUACAAUUUACAAUUUACAAAUUACAAUUACUGAUAAUCAAUGCAAUUUUCAUAACAUAACAUUUACCAUGAGUGGUUUCACUGCUUUUCUUCAAAUUGUAAAGAGCAUAUGGUCCAUACUUUUGUUUGCAAUAAAGCCUUUCAUUUUAA